CUCUUGCUCAAACGCUUCUACCUAUGAAAAGUACGGUUUGAUGGAUUCGCCCAUCCCAUAGGGAUAAAUGUUGCAAUUGAGACUCAAGUCGAAAACGAAAGGACAUGGAAGUAAAAAUAGAAAUUGGCCAUAGAGCACUCAAAAAUAUAAAGCCUACCAAAGAAGGCUAUACUCAUGACUGGACAGUAUUUGUACAAGGUGCCAAUGGUAAUGAAAUCAAAUAUAUUGUGGAGAAAGUUAUAUUUCAUUUACCUGACAGUUAUCCAGAUCCAAAAAGAAUCAAGGAAAAGCCCCCUUUUAUUCUAUCAGAAUCUACCUCUCAGAAUGUUUCCAUUGAGAUUGAAGUGUAUUUCUGCAAAGAGGCAAAACUCAAGAAAGUGAACUACAUUUAUGACAUUUGCAUUAAUGAUGACGAAGUAAAUGCUUUAUGGACAAAAAAUCUCAUGUUUCCAAAUCCUAGUAAAGAGUUUGAGAAAAAACUUCUUCUUGCUGGAGGAGAACUAGUUGAUGUGACAACACCACCUGUGCAGACUGGACCGCUUCUGACGUGUAAAGUUGAACCAGUUGAUUAUGUUGAUGAUGUGGUAUUGAAUACAUCUACUCAAGAUACUGGUAACUUGCAAAAUAGCAAUGAAGAACUAUCAAUUUUUGAUAAGUUAUUGGAGGAAAAUGUAACUUUGAAGAAUGCAAAUAUGGAGCUAAAAGAAAAAAUCAACCUUCAAGAAAAGUUGAUUGUGUCUUAUGAAGAACAAGUGUCUCAUUAUGAAACAAAUAUUUUAAAUGCUAAUGUGGACAUUAAUCAGUUAAAGAAGAAGAUUGAAGCAGAUGAAAGAGAAAUUUCGACUUUGAAAUUACAAGUGCAGAUGCUUAAGAAUAAACUUUUAAGGAUGAAAAUCCAUCCACCGGAAUGUCCUGAAGAAAAGAAUGAAGAAGAAUUGAAUAUGUCUGCUGCUGUUGGGAAGGAAAAAGAAAAUAUCACCCAGUCUGUAAAAUUUAUGUCUUCAACUUCCAGCAGAUCACAGAAUUCUCCCAUCACCGAAAGCACUUUUAAUUCAGUAAAAAACCAAAAUGUUGCUGAGCAUGUUGAAUCAAAAAGCAUCACAUCAGUUGUCCAGGAAUCUUCACGCAACAGAUCAACUGUUGAACUUAAUGAAUUGUGUAAUGCCGUACAAGAAAGCUGUCCCUUUUCUCAAUCGAAGAAUGAAACUCAGUCUUUACCAAAUAGCAUUUUUAAUUUUAUAAAUACUCGUGAUGUUGAGGAAUCUGUAGAUGACAACUCAAUUAAAAUUAGAGCUAGUUUCAAUAAAUCUCAUAUAAUAAGUAACGAUGCUGAGGACUUUGUAUAUCGAAGCUCAGUGGAAGCUAAUUCUUCUCUGAAUACAUCUGAAAUAAAAGUAAUGAAUGCUGAAAAUUCUAAAGAAAGGAAUUCAGUUAAUUCUAAUACUUCACUAAAUAAAUUUGAGAUGGAAAAUGAGGAUGUUGAAAAAGCUAUAUUUGAAAGUAUAAUGAAAUAUCUGAAUUCACCUGAAAUGAUUCCAGUUGAUGCUGAGACAUCUGCCGAAGGAGUUGUGGUUAAAGCCGAUGCUUCUUUGAAUAAAUUUAACACAAAAAAUAAUGAUGCUGAGGAAGUUGUAGAAGAAAACUCUCUGAAUGCCUCUGUAAUUAAAACUCAGUUGUGCAAUGCAAAUAAAACCCAAAAUGAAUUUGAUAUACCUGUACAAGAACAAUGUGUAUUACCAAUUAAAAAAAUGAACACUGAAUCAUAUAACUUAAAUUGUAAAGAAAAUGGUCAAAAACUUCCUGAGUGUGGUGAUAUUGCCUCUUCCACAUUAACCUCAAAAGAUAUAUUACUUUCUAAAAAGAAAAAAAGGAAGAAAACAAGAAAAGAAAGAAUUUUAAAAAGAAAAUCCUUUGUAACUCCUGUUUCUAUAAAUGCAUUUCAUACUGAUCCUUGCAGUUCAAAUGAAAUGAAACAACUAUCUGAAGUUCUUGAUCAAAAUCAGCAAAUAUCCUUAAACGAAAGAGAAAACACUGGAUCUUCUAAUGCAAAUUGGAAAGAAAAUUAUCUGAAGCUUCAUAAUUGUGGUAAUAAUACAUCUUCCAUAUAUAAAAAAAGCGGUCUGUUGCCUCCUAAAUGGAAAAGAAAAAAAAGAUUGAAAAAAAUAAGAAGGCAAAUGCGAAAAAAGCUUAAAUAUCCUGAAUUAGAUCAGCAAGUAUCUUUAAACACAAGAGAAAAUAUCGAAUUAUGUUAUGCAAAAUCUCAUCAAGACAUAAAUCAUAUUUCUUUACCGAAAUUGAUUGUAUUCAUGACAGAACAUUGUGAAAAACUUGCAAUGGAAUUAUGUACAAUAAAAAAUUCAGAAUUCAAUAAAUAUAGGGAAGGUACAAAUCCUCUUUUCUUUAUGCUAGGAAAUAUUGAUACUGGUCCAAUCUCUGAUGCGUGUUUAACACAGCAUGUGCAAUCCUUAAUUGAUUAUUUUUCAGACCCCAAAAAAUUAGACAUGCCAUCUUUAAUUUUUCUGAUAGUGGAUUAUCUUUAUCAUGAUAGAGCGCAACAUGAAAGUUUGUUUACUUACGUUCAUAAUCAAGAUUUAUAUGUGUAUUUACCAUACUCUGAAAGCUGUAUUGUUCGCGCUGUUGUUGAAAUGGAAAAGAAGUCAUUGCCUCACUUGAAUGGAUUGGGAAAGAACGUUUUAAACAUAAUUCAUAAUGUGAUAAUUUCAAAGAAAAAAAUGCCACUGAAUGGUUUGGCUUCUUUGUGUAGAGUGUUUAUGGAGAUGUGCAAAUGCUACAAUGAUAGGUGGGAAGUUCUCUUUUUGUGCUGUGAACUGCUGAGAUUGGGACAUCCGUUAGCACCAUAUUUAAUUAACAUACUUGCUGCAGUCUGGAGAGAUCCAUUUAACUUGCAUAAUACUUUUUCAGUGGAAGAAACUAUGUUGCUGAAUUCUAUCUUUUAUGGAAUGGAAGAAAAACCAUUGUUAAUGGAUUCAGACCUUUGGAUACGAACCCUUAAAUUAAAAUCUGCUUAUUUUCCUGACCCUUUGGUAACAGAUCCCCAUGAGGCAAUAGAGUUUUUGACCUCUGAAAUUGUUUCAAGGUGUACGAAAGGUUUAUGUGAAAACUUAUGGAUGCUGGAAAAACCCUUAGUUAUUUUUGUUUCAAGAGAAACUUGGAAUUGGAAGAUGCAUUUUAGAUAUGAAUAUAUAUUACCCAAUUUGCUGCAUUUUUCAAAGUGUUUCAAUGAACAUGGGUUUGAUUUAUUCUGUAAUUUGAAUGUGGACAUUUUCAGUUUUUGCAAUGUAAGUCCUUAUGAAGAACUACUACAAUUUUUUACCAACUCGGCUCUUCAUCAAGGUACAAAGUUCCUGCAGGAUUCUGCUGCUGUAGCUGUAUUAAAAUACAUUGGUAUUACAGACAAACACGUCCCUGCUCCAUUAAGAGAUUGGUUCCUGAGGAAUAUAGAUAACCCCAAACUGGCGAAUCUACUAGAUCUUUAUUGUAAAAAGGUGAUGGAAUCUCAUGAUAGCCUUUUAUUAUGGGAUGAUAUUAUAAUUUUGUAAAUAGAAAUUGUAUGUUUAAGGUUAUUUUUCUCUGUGAAUUUGUAAUAUUUAUAUAUAUUAUAUAUAUGCAUAUAAACGGGUAUAUUUAUUGAUAAUUACAAAAAUUUUAAUAACUUUAUGUUAUUCCCCACCACCCCUCCAAAACUCAGUGGUAACAAUCUAAGAGCUUUUUUUAUAGGGAAAUCCUCAACAAAUGUGGAAUACCCCUUCCUGCAGAAGCAUGGAAAUGCUUCAUGAAAGAUACUAUAUUUUUUUUGGUUUUGCUUGUUCUAUUUUUGUUUGUAUUGUAAACGGAAUCCCAAAAUUACUGCAAGAUUUGAAUUUACCACCAUUUAUAUUCUAAAGUGUUGGCAUCACUGUUGAAAAAACAUUGACAGCUGAUAGUUUAGGGUUAGUAAAAACGGAGCAUUACACGAUAGAACACUAUGUUAACACAAGAUUUGAAUUAAAUAAAAAACAUUUUUUUCUUUAAAUUGUUUUAUUUUUAUUGAAUUGUAAAGUACACAGGAUAUGGCUUUGUAUUGGAUAACACAUAGUGCAAAUGGCUUCCACUGCUUUGUUGGUACAUACACAUUCUUUUGUUGAAAUUUUCCAUGACCAUUUUGCAUAAAUAUGGUUGAAUUUUGUUGAUGCAGUGUUGAAUUUUCUCCUUCAAUGUGCAUGUGCUCGUUGGCAUAGAACUUUGACUUCAAACAAUCUGUAAAAAGAAAUCCAAUGGUAUUAAAUCAUUUCAUCUAUGAGGCAAAUUUUAGAACUAUGGCCACCAGAUAUUCAUUAUUUUUGAAAUAUUAUUCAACAAUGGAAACAUGUUCUUCUAUUGUGUAACACUCCAAUUUUACUAACUUUAAACUAUCAUCCGUCAAAUGGUUUUUUUAAUAGGGUUGCCAACACUUUACUGCACAAAUAGUGGCAACUUCAAAUCUUGCUUUAAUUGUGGGACACCCUUUAUGUGUGUGUGUAGAUGUUUAUGAUAAUCUACAAAUACAAUUUAAAGUGCUUUUUUUAUCAAGUGCCGCAAACUGUGCAAACAAAAGGUAAUCUCCCUAAAAGAACAGUUUUAACAAUUUUUAAAAUUUUUAUUUGUAUGCUAAAUGUUUAUUAUUAUUAUUAUUAUUAUUAUAAGUAAUCUAUGACUUCAUUAUUUAGAAAUUUCACGUGUUUGUUAUGUAUAUCUUCUCAAUCCCUCCGCCUUAUUUGUAGGAAAGUUUUGUAUAUUUUUGACAUAAAAUUUUACGUAAUUUUAACGUAUUUUAUUUGUAACAAAAUAGAAAUUUCAAUCCUAAUAAAUGAAUCCAUUUAUAUAGAAGAAGGUAAUUUUCCUUGAAUUCACCAGCAAAAAGAAUAUAUAUGUAUAUAAAAUAUCGAAAUUUAAACUGUGAAUCUUAAAUGGUUAUACAGUCCAUAUUUAGACAAAUAGAAAUUAUCUUCUUUAUUUUUUCAAAUAAGUUUAAUAGAUGCACACAUCAAAAUAGCAUAUCUAAUAUAAAAGGAUAAAUUGGCAGCUCCAAAAAAUGAAUGGAAUAAAUAAUAUUAUUAUCCCAUAUUCUAUUCCAUUAUGUCUAUUACAAUGAUUUCAGUGUCAACUUUUUUUUUAUGUGUGACCAAAAAAAAAAAUAAUAAAUCUGAAAACAAAUAUUGUCUGUAGUAGGAAAGAAUAUUGUCUGUUCUGAAAUCAGGAAAGGGUUCUUGUGUUUACAAAUUCUUUAUAAUUUUUUAUUAUCUUGUUUGAAAGAUAACUUUGUAUCUUAUAGAAGUAUUAUAAAAAUAUUUUACAGCUUUGUUUAAAACAAUAGUGCAUGAUUUUUAUUUCUACUUCUUAUGUAAUUAAAGAAUUCAAUUGUAAUUUUGUGUCCAGUAUUUAUGUGUAACAUUCGUCUAUGUUCUUGAGUUCAAAAUGUAACGUACUGAAUAAUGAUAUCAAUUUGUUUAGAUAUUCUUGAUCUAUUUAUGAUCAAAUAUUUAUUUGUACAAUUAUUAUUAUUAAUAAUGUUUAAUAUUUCUGGAGAGAAUUUGAUUGUACACCAAGAAAUUUCUAUUUACCAACAACCUCAGAUAUUUUUUUUUCCCCAUGUGACAGUACUUACAAUAUAAAAAUUCAUUAAAAAAAAUGUCCGUUUUAUUAGGAAGAAUACGAAACUUAUGUAAUCGUGAAUACUUAUGAUCUCAAAUUCUUUUUAAUGCUGCAAGAUAAUUUUUCUCAUAAAUUUUUUUUUAAAUUAAUGUUAAAAUACUUGAAAGAAUUGCAUUUCUUUAUUAAAAAAGUCAAAUGUAAGUAGAAUCUAUACGUAAUAGAAAGUUUGUUAUUUCUGUUUAUGAUCAAUAAUUAUUGCUAUAUGAAAUUUUGUAAUGACUUCAUUUUGAAAAAUAUAGAAAUAUUUUUGUACAAGGGUACAUAGUGCAUGUAGGAACAGGUUGAGUAACGCAAGUCAUUGUGGUCCACAUGUGAUGAAAUAUUAUAAAUAACUGUUAGUAUUCUGUAUUUGUUUAAUUGUUAUAAUUGUUCAUGUUUUUUUUUAAAGUAAUUGCUGCAAAAAUAUUUUAAAUAUUGUGUUGUGUUAAAUGAAACUGUUUUUCUGCUGUUGCAUCUGGCAACGAUGAUUAUGUUGUUAAAAAUAAAUAGAACGAAUGAGAUGCUCGCUGUCACUUGGAAUCGACGUAAUCUGUGUUUUGAUUUUAUUUCUUUAAAAACACUUGCAGUCGUUGGUUGUAAUAUCCUAAAAUAAGAAAUAUUUAUUUUAUGUUGUAUCGGGCGUUUACAAUCUGCACUUUAAAACGCAGAGUUAUACACCGAUAUGCACAUAGUUCGAAAGAUUUUUCAGAUGAAUGAUUGUAUUUGUUUUACAGCAAUUAAAUCUUUUUAAAUAAUUAUUUCGGUACUUUUUCGUUAGGCGGGCGCAAAUGUCGCCAAUUGUGAACCAAACGCGAAUUUGGCGGAAUUCUACAUUAUUUGGCGAUUUUUCGCUUGCGCCCGGCUAACGGAAAAGUACCAUUAUUUCAAUUUAUUGUGAAAGUUUAUUUCAGUGUGUUUAUUUUGAAAUUGUUCUGAAAUAUUGACUUAAGAAAUGGGAAUUUAUUAGUAGUAUUAUUUAUUUUAUUAUUUUUUGUUAUUUUGAAUUGUUCUUUUGAAUAAGUAUU